GGCGGUCACAGCCGACAUUGCGGAAAGUCUUGAACUUCAAUUUCCGCCGCCAACCCACCAUCCAACCCAUAUUAACUACAACAUACACUCCUUUGGGCUCCCCCUACAAACAAACUUUAGAAAAACUACACAAAUGAACUAAACACCCUCAUCAGAGAAACUCAAAAUGACCCGCUCAAACGCAGUCACACACGACUACUACGAAAUCCUCAACAUCCAAUCCACAGGAACCACCGCCCAACUCUCCAAACAACAACUCAAACUCGCCUACCAUAAAGCCCUCCUAAAACACCACCCAGACAAAGCCUCCUCUGUCGCAAAGAGCCCCGAGCUCCCCCAGUCCAACCAAGACCUGCCGCGCGACAGCAAGACCUACACAAUCGACGAGAUAACAACCGCCUACAAGACCCUCUCCGACCCGCAGCUCCGCGCGGAAUAUGAUCGCGCCUUGCGCCUAGACCGGGCGAAGGUUGUUGAGCGCGAGAAGACGGGUGCGGUGUUUCACACUGGACUCGAGGUGGUUGAUCUCGAGGAUCUGGCCUGUGAAGAAGAGGGCGACUCGGCUUUCUGGUACAGGGGCUGUCGGUGUGGUGACGAGAAGGGGUUCUUGGUGUCGGAGGAGGAUCUGGAGAGGGAGGCUGAGCAUGGGGAGAUUGUUAUUGGGUGUCGGGGGUGCAGUUUGUGGAUGAAGGUUUUGUUUGCGGUGGAGGAGGAUGGCUGAACGGUGCUAUUUCGGUUUGAGGGAUUUGAUAUUUUGGGGGCCUUUAGCCUCUCGAGAUGCGAGCCAUGGCCUUGCACUCUGCCGCUGCCACUCCGGGUUAUGGUUGUGAUGCAGUACCGCUCGUGUCUUUACUCGGUCACGGAUGCAUAUGAAAACGCCCAAGGGAUAGUGCGAACGCAGUCCCGUUAUACGGCGUCAGGUUGAAUGACUGAGAGUGAUAGAUCGCUGAGCUGAUGUGGUGUCUUCGAGAAGGGGGGGAAGGGGGGUAAGGCUCGUGUACAAUGUGCAUGUUGUUAUUAGCCUACUGAGAGGCACCUUGUGCAUGGAAAUAUAUAUAGCAUGUACGGGGGUACCAGAUAUAAUUUGUUGAGAAUAUAUAUCAAACAUACCCAGCUUCAUAACAAACAACGCUCAUUGUAGCUAGAA